UAAGUUAAAGUCGUCUCUUCAAAUCCCUACUUUCUUCCUUUCUUGCUACCAUCUAUCCAAUUUAAUGCUCUUAAAGGUCUGCGAUUGAGCUUUGCCCUUUCAAGCCAAUAUAUUGACAAGCCGGCCAUGGAAACUAGCCGUAAACGUUUGCACCUUAAUCUCCAUCUUAUCAGGUGCUCGAUGAAAUGCGGCGGCCAGAGCCAGUGCAGGAGAUGGAACCGGGGUGGCAUCAGAAGAGCCGAAAGGUGUCGUUUGUUUGUAUUCUCAUAUGGAACUAUUGUGGUUGACAAUAGCGCUAUUUUCAAAAACAUCAUGGAUCUCAGUUGUAUCGAAUGGCAAGUUAAUCAGGUGAGCGCUACUAGAUGUAAUAUUAUUGUGCGAGUAAGAAAAGUUAUGUUUGAAGAAGAGGCCUGGCAAAUCCUUAGUGUCACCGAGCAAUAUGGGAAGAAACUGAACAGCCAAGUGAAUGCUGUGCGAGUAAGCAAAGUUGUCAUUGAAAUUUUUGUUUAAUGACUUUAUGUUUAUAUUGUUGGCCUUUUUGUUGAUUUUUACAAAGUUUUGUAUUCUUUUAUCUGUGAAUUUUGGCUACAGGAUGCUUACUUUCAGUUGAGUUCUAUAGAAUUAUAAAGAUGUAACAGUGAAGUUAUUAUUAAACCAAGUAUGACAUACUUCUUUGCUUAAAAGAAUAGAAAAAGAUAGUUAUUUUUAUGGGCCAGACUUUGAUAAUUGAAUCAUGAAGUCUUUUAUUUGUUAUGUGUGCUUCAUGUGUUGUCAUAUAUUUUGUUUAAAUCAUGUGUUCUUGAAAAUUCUAAAAAAAUAUCGUGGGAAAUUUACCCUAUUUUUCCGUAGUUUCAGGGCUUCUAUUGUGAGUUCAAAUAUAUGUAUAUCUUAUUAUAAAGUUAACAAUGUUACAAAAGAUAGCUAAAACAUGAUCACUUUGUUUGUUGUGUGGCUGCAAGAACAUAUAGGUCUAAUGCGGUUAGUGAGGACUGGUCCGUGGGUUCAUAUGAACCCUACUGGAGGAAAAACACCAGCUUCUCACCUUCCCCACCACCAAGUUGGGAUUUUUGGUUCCAAAAUGAAGGCAGGUCAUUUGGCUCUCAAGAGGGAACUCGAUUAUAUGGUUCGUGUCGAACAGUAGAUGAAGUAGGAGCUGGUUUAGGGGAAUUUUUUUACCCAACCAUCGGCAUUCUACUUCUGAUGGAUUUGGGUCGUUUUUUUGGUAGUCUGUCUGAAUGAUCACCACCUCAGAAGUGCACUCCUAUGGUACAAGAAGCUAGCCUUGAUGAAUUUGCUAAUUCGACAAAAAGAUAUAUUAUUGAUACUUGAUUAACUCUUGGUAUGGUGUUUGCGAUAUUAUCGUAGUAUGUGCUUAAUGUUUUCUCGUGUGUUAAAUGAGGUAUAGAUAAGAAGAUAUAUAUGCUAAGUUAAUAUGAUUGCUUUUACCAACGUGUUUACUUAUAAGUUAUAACUUGAUCUGCCUUUCCAAGGUAACUGUUUUGAUUCAUUUACUUAAUAAUAACUUACUCUUGGUUAUAGCUAUAUGGGAUAAAUUAAAAACUUAGUUAAUAUGAAACUGGUCACUGGCUCAGAAGUUGCUUCACCGCUUAUCUGAUAAUCCUCUAAAUUAAUUUAUAAAAAAUCUAUCAUUAUUGGUAUAAUAGUUUAUAUAAUAAUCAUUAAUCAUCUAUAUUAGUAAUCGAAAAAAGUGUGCUGAUAAG